GGGCGUCGAACCGCGGGGCGGGGGACGACCACCCCCCCACCCCCGCCAGCCACCCUGGGCCCGCGAGUGAGCCUGGAACUCAAGGACGCUUGGAGACCCGGCGCAGCCCUGAAGCCCGUGGCCCGUCUCGCCGUGGGGCCGAUUCUGGGCGCCCCACCGAGCCCCCGCGGAUGCCGAGACACCUCGUGGAUGAGCCCAGGACGUUGCCCUGUCCUCGCCUGGCCGGGUCGGCCGCUGCCAGGGCCGCGCCGCCACCAGGGAGGCACAAUGUCGCCUUUGUUCCCCAAGGCUCCCGUGGGGCCGUGGCACAGCCCCUCCCGGCCCGAGGAUGGAGGCAGCAGAUACCGCUGGCUCGAGGCUUGGGGGGGGGUCUCCAAGGCAGGCUUGGGUUGGGGGGGCCCCCAGGAGCCAGGCUCCAGAGCCGCUCUGGGCCCAGGAGGAGGGGACACUGUUGGGCUGACCCGAGGCCGACCAGGGGGACCUGCCCCACGGGAGAGGGUGGGAAGGCACGGCUGCAUAACGACGUUUCUCCAUUUCAGAAAGUGGGACCUCAAGGCCCCCCUGGCCCCCAAGGGCCACCUGGGAAGCCGGGCAAGGAUGGCAUUGAUGGAGAAGUUGGGCCUCCUGGUCUGCCCGGGUCCCCGGGACCAAAAGGGGCCCCAGGGAAACCAGGGAAACCAGGAGAGGCCGGGCUGCCGGGACUGCCUGGCGUGGACGGUCUGACAGGGCAGGAUGGACCCCCCGGCCCCAAGGGCGCGCCUGGAGAGCGGGGAAGUCUGGGACCCCCGGGGCCUCCCGGGCUGGGGGGCAAAGGCCUCCCUGGACCCCCCGGAGAGGCAGGAGAGAGUGGCGUCCCAGGUGGAGUGGGCCUCCGGGGCCCCCCGGGACCCUCCGGACUACCAGGCCUCCCUGGCCCCCCGGGGCCUCCUGGACCCCCCGGUCACCCUGGGGUCCUCCCUGAAGGCGCCACUGACCUUCAGUGCCCGGCCAUCUGCCCCCCAGGCCCUCCCGGCCCCCCAGGAAUGCCAGGGUUCAAGGGGCCCACCGGCUACAAAGGGGAGCAAGGAGAGGUCGGAAAGGACGGCGAGAAGGGUGAUCCUGGCCCCCCUGGGCCCGCGGGCAUCCCAGGCACUGUGGGGCUGCAGGGGCCUCGGGGACUUCGAGGCCUGCCGGGGCCGGCUGGACCCCCAGGGGAUCGGGGUCCCAUUGGAUUCCGAGGACCACCAGGGAUCCCAGGAGCCCCCGGGAAAGUGGGUGACAGAGGCGAGAGGGGCCCAGAGGGUUUCCGCGGCCCCAAGGGUGACCUUGGCAGACCUGGUCUCAAAGGAGUCCCUGGGCUAGCAGGGCCGGGCGGAGAGCCGGGUAUGCCAGGCAAGGACGGCCGGGAUGGUGUGCCGGGACUCGACGGUGAGAAGGGAGAGGCCGGUCGCAACGGUGCCCCAGGAGAGAAGGGUCCCAAUGGGCUGCCGGGCCUCCCGGGACGAGCAGGGUCCAAGGGCGCGAAGGGAGAACUGGGCCAAGCUGGAGAGCUGGGGGAGGCUGGCCCCUCAGGCCCGGGAGGAGCCGCUGGCCCUAAGGGAGACCAGGGAGUUGCAGGUUCCGAUGGCAUUCCUGGGGACAAAGGAGAGCUGGGUCCCGGUGGUCCGGUCGGACCCAAAGGAGAGUCUGGCAGUCGAGGGGAGCUGGGCCCGAAGGGCAUCCAGGGUCCCAACGGCACCAGUGGCGUCGAGGGCCUCCCAGGCCCACCCGGCCCCGUGGGCUUCCCGGGAGUACAAGGUGUGCCUGGCAUCACUGGGAAACCCGGAGUCCCGGGCCGAGAAGCCAGUGAGCAGCACAUCAGGGAACUGUGCGGAGGGAUGCUCAGUGAACAAAUUGCACAGCUAGCUGCUCACCUGAGGAAGCCUUUAGCACCCGGAUCCGCAGGUCGGCCUGGUCCAGCUGGGCCCCCGGGCCCCCCGGGCCCCCCGGGCUCCAUCGGCCACCCCGGUGCCCGAGGGCCCCCUGGAUACCGUGGUCCCACCGGAGAUCUGGGAGACCCAGGGCCCAGAGGGGCUCCGGGAGACAGAGGAGACAAAGGCUCGGCGGGCACGGGUCUGGACGGACCGGACGGAGACCAGGGGCUGCAAGGACCGCAAGGCGUGCCAGGCGUUAGCAAAGACGGCCGCGAUGGGGCCCACGGCGAGCCCGGGCCUCCAGGUGAUCCUGGCCUCCCUGGUGCUGUCGGUGCUCAGGGGACCCCCGGCAUCUGUGACACCUCGGCCUGCCAAGGAGCCGUGAUGGGAGGCGGCGGGGAAAAAUCAGGUUCUAGAAGCUCCUAAAACAUAACCGAAGGAAGUGAGAAGGUGGU